AUGAUUGUUUAAUAGAGAGUCAAACGAUUAAGACAUAACCCAGGAUAGAUUUUAUUUGGCAUACUAUUCUCAUAAACAGUAUGAAAAUUGUGUUUAUUCUAGAUAAUGAGUAUGUUUAUGAUUUUUAGUCAAUUUUAUGUAGUUGAUGAGUAAAAUAAAUCAAAUUCAACAAUAAUAAUAUCUGAUAUAACUUGUAAGUUAAUAGCUGUGCCUAAUUUAAUAGCUUCAAUGCUAAAUGCAAUAUUAAAUAUAUUAUUAAUAGGGAAUCUAUAUUGUCAAAUAAAGGUUUAGAAUUAUAAAAGUUUUAAUUUGAAAGAAGAAAUGAUGUUAGGAGUGACCUUAAUUGUAAUUAUUUCCAUUUUAUUGGUUUUGCUUAGUUAAGAUUUAGGUGUUAGGUAUUUUUAUAAAAUGACAAGCAUUUUAGGAGAUUGCAAUUUAGAAUCUUAGAAUGUGUUUGCCGUUUUUUUAGUAUAUCUAAGAGGCAUUUUAUUGAUAAUUUUGUCAAUUAUAUUGAUAAAAUUAUAAAGACAUUCGCCAUCAAUAUUGUAAGCUGAAAUAUACAAGACGGCAAUGGAUAAGUUUAUAAGAAAAUAUUUACCAACUUAUAUUAAAGUAAAUGUAAGUUACGGAUGGCUUUUCAUUGUUUCAAGAUUAUUAAUUGUAUAGACUACUGUAUAUAUAUUAGCCAAUAAUUUUAAAUUACAAUUAGAAUUAGAAAUAGCUUAUAACUAUUUUAGCAUAUAUUUAGGGAAUAAUGACAUUGAUAAUGACGAUAAUAAGAUUACAUGAGCCAAUUGUUCAUAGACAUGUAAAAUAUUUGUUUAGAUCAAAAACUUGUGUAUUAUAGGAGAGAUUAUUAAAAAAAGAGAAUGAAACGAUUGAGGAUAAUUCAUCUAAGUCAUUUUAGAAUAUAUUUAUUUAAGUCUAAGAAUAAGAUAUUAUUAGAAUUAAGCUGUAUUAAUAAUAAAAAUAAAAUUAAUUGAAUUUGUCUUUAUAACAAUAUGAAGUUAGAUAAUUUAAUAAUUAAGAAUCCAUAAAAAGUUAAUAAAUUGAAAUAUAGAAUAUUAUUGAACAUAAAGGACAUAAUGAAUUAUUAUUAUUAUUAUAAGCAAGUUAUGAGAUGCUAGAAGAUUUUUAGUAUUGUCAGAAUAAUGAUAUGACUUAUUAUUAAUUUAAUAAGAUAUAAUAGCGUUAUAUUUAAAUAAAUUAGAAUCAUCAGAUAUUAAUUACAACUUAUGGAUAAGAUGUAUUGAGUUAUAAAUUAAGAGAAUAUUUUGGAAUAAAUUUAAAGAAUGUUAAAAAUUCUUUGAAUUUAUCUUUUAACAUAGAUAAUUUACGAUCUUAAAAAUUGCCACUUGAAGGGACUUUGUUUAUUACUCAUGAUAAUUUGAUUUCAUUUGAAUUUAUUACUAGAGAUUAGAAAAGAUAAUUAACUAAAGGAGGAGGAGUAUAAUUAUUAUGGUAAAGAUUAGAUUAAGAAUAUAUAUGUGCUUUAGGUAUAUUUCUACCAGUGAUAUUUGCAAUUCAUUCUUAUUAUUUGAAUGAUAAUUAUUAUACUAUAGCAUUUAAAUUAAAUAGAUUGAAAUUACAUUAUCCAUUGUUCUAAGAAUUAUGGUCUUAAGAAUCAGUUCUAAAUAGUUUAAUAAAAUAGAACAUUAUUGGAUGGAUAACAAUUGAUAAUGGAAUUUAUUAUAAGAAAUUUUUAGCUAAGGAGGUAAAGGAUGGAAAAUAUAAUAUAAUUUUUAAUAGGGAUGAUUAUUUGUUAGAUGAGAAUGAAAAGUAAUCAUUAAUAGACAUGAUUAGACGUGAUUAUGUUACUAUGCAGUAAAUGAAAUGUUCAUUUACUUUAUAAUUUGUUUAUACAAAGCACACUUCUGAUAGAUUAAACAGUUUAGCAUGUAAAGAGAAAUAGUUUGAACAAGAUUAAUCAAUUGCAGUUAAGAAUAAGAAGAGAAUUAAACGCAUAGGAAAUAUAGCAUCCUUUGAGUUAAAAACUAAAUUGGGAUUUGUCUAGGUAUUUUGGGAUGAUUGCUGGAAAUACUAUGAAUCAGACAUAGAAAAACUUAUAUAAAUUGUUAAUGAUAAAUUCUGA